CGAAUGACGCGUCGUGUGGAAUCGUCAGGUGCAGUGAUGUCAUUCCUUCAUUGUACACGAUCUGCUUUGAAUAUCUGGAAAAUGCAAAGCAGAGUACGGAUAGAGACCUCUGCACUACUUCUGCAGGCCUGUUCAGGAUGUGGCUUCGUACGAUGGAAGAAUACAGCUGCCAACGGUGGCAGAAGUAUGGACUACCAAUUUUCUAACAGUGGAUGGAGACAGUUGGUUGUAGGGGUCCUGGCGGGUACAGGUGCUGUCCUAGUUUAUGGCUUGCAUAGACAGCAGGUGCAGCAAGCAGAGCCUAAAAAUACCACAGAAUUGACCAGCCAAACUGUGUCAGCAUUGGGCAAUGAGGUGAAACCAACUAACUCAAUCUAUACUAGGCAGGAUGUUGCCAAACAUAAAACUCUUGCAGAUGGGGUAUGGGUCACCUAUAAAACUAGUGUGUAUGAUAUUACAAAGUUUGUGGACCUACAUCCCGGGGGGGAUAAGAUCAUGCUUGCUGCUGGUGGUGCCAUUGAACCAUUCUGGGCAAUGUAUGCAGUCCACAAUCAAGAACAUGUUUACUCCAUACUUGAAGAGUACAGAAUUGGAGAGCUGAGCCCAGAAGAUCAGAAGCAGGCAACCAUGGAUGUGGAUGAUCCUUAUGGAAAUGAACCCCUCAGACACCCUGUUUUGAAAGUGAAUAGCUUAAAGCCAUUUAAUGCAGAACCACCAGUAGAACUCCUGUCUGAAAAUUACAUUACCCCAAAUGAAAUUUUCUUCAAACGAAAUCAUUUGCCUGUACCAGAAGUUGAUCCAAAAACGUACCGUUUGCAGGUUAUGGGAGAGGGGCUGAAGUCCAUCCAACUAACCCUUGAUGAUCUCAAGACCAAGUUUCCAAAGCACACAAUAACUGCUACAUUGCAAUGUGCUGGGAAUCGGCGCUCUGAAAUGAAUGCUGUGCGUCAGGUAAAGGGACUGAAUUGGGGGAUGGCAGCUAUUGGUAAUGCUACCUGGAGAGGGGUCAAGCUUUCUGAUGUCCUUAAGUAUGCAGGGCUCCCAGAGAAUACAAAUGCCAAGCAUGUCCAAUUUGAGGGACUUGAUAAAGACCUGACUGGGAUCCCCUAUGGGGCCUCUAUUUCCAUUCGCAAGGCAUUGGCUAAAGAUGGUGAUGUGCUACUUGCAUAUGAAAUGAAUGGUGAAGAUCUAUCCAGGGAUCACGGCUUUCCCCUGCGUGUCAUUGUGCCUGGAGUGGUUGGAGCACGCAAUGUGAAGUGGUUGAGCAAGAUCGUUGUAAGUAAAGAAGAAAGCCAGAGCCAUUGGCAGGUGAAUGAUUAUAAAGGGUUUUCUCCCUCUGUAGAUUGGGAUACUGUUGACUUCAGUACUGCGCCAGCAAUCCAAGAUCUCCCCAUCCAGUCUGCCAUAACGACACCUUGCAAUAAUGAUUAUAUCUCUGCAGACAAUGAAGAGAUCACGGUGAAAGGUUAUGCAUGGAGUGGAGGUGGCCAAGAAGUGAUUCGAGUCGAUGUCUCAUUAGAUGGUGGGAAGACUUGGAAAGUAGCUGACUUAACUGGGGAGAAGCAGGAUGCCGGUCAGGCAUGGGCAUGGAAACUGUGGCAGCUCACUAUUCCUCUGCCAAAGGGCCAGAAGAACUUGGAGAUAAUCUGCAAAGCUGUGGACAACAACUACAACGUGCAACCUGAUACCGUUGCACCCAUCUGGAAUUUACGUGGUGUUCUGAAUAAUUCCUGGAGUCGGGUGAAAGUUACAAUCAAACCUAAUAGUGGUUAGAAUCUGGAUCUGAAUAUCUCUGAUUACAGAAGAAUGUUUGGCUAUAUACAGUUGCCCUGUGGGGUAGCUCUUGAUGUCAUCGCAUUAACUAUAUAUACAGUCAAGUUCUCUUAAGCCACUCUAUUUGAAUUACUAAGCUCAGUAUUUCUCUAUUCAAAAUUCUUAGUGAAUGACUUCAUUGCUGAUUGCAUUCAUUUGAUUAAUUUGAAUUUUCUAUUUUCAAAAGAACAAAACCUCUGAAUGACAAGUCUAGAGCAGAUUAAUGUUCAGAGAUGCAUCUAGAGAUUUUAUAGAAAUAAAAACAGAAAUUGCUGGGUUCAAGUCACGUUAGCCCUGCAUGAAUACUGCCAGACCUACUGUGCUUUCCGAACAAUUUCUGUUUUUGUUUGUGAUUUCUAGCUUCUGCCGUUCUUUUUUUUUGUUGUUUAGGCAUUUCCAGACAUGGCUUAAAAAAAUAACACCAAUGUAGUGGCUUCUGUUUUGUAUUUGAAUCAAUUUUCUCAUUUUUGUUUGGGCAUGACAUAAAUCACUGUCAUAAAGUGUUGCUUGGAGAACAAAAUUUCAGAAUAUUUAGCUGUAGAAUUUUAAGACCUGCAAGAAGUUUAAAAACAUAAGUGACUUCACUUCAAAUGGGAUUCAUUGGCAGUAAAGUGCUUUUGAAUGUCCAAAGGUUGUGUGCGGCGCUAAACGUGUGCGGCGCUAAACGUGUGCGGCGCUAAACAAGUGUAACUCUGAAUUGCUUUUCUUAAACUAAUUUUUCCAUUUUGUGAUCUUUAUUGCUGCAUAGUCCCUUUUUAAGCAGCUCAUUUAGAGUCCUAGAGGUGUACAGCAGGGAAACCGAUCCUUCGGUCCAACCCAUCCAUGCCAACCAGGUAUCCUAACCCAAUCUAGUCCCAUUUGCCAGCACUUGGUCCAUAUCUCUCUAAACCCUUCCUCUUCAUAUACCCAUCCAGAUGCCUUUUAAAUGCUGUAAUUGUACCAACCUCCACCACUUCCUCUGGCAGUUCAUUCCAUACACGUGCCAUCCUCUGUGUGAAAAAAAGUUGCCCCUUAGAUCCCUUUUAUAUCUUUCCCCUCUCAUUCAGGACUCCCCUACCUUGGGGAAAAGACCUUGUCUAUUUAUCUUAUCCAUGCCUCUCAUGAUUUUAUAAAUCUCUAUAAGGUCACCCCUCAGCCUCCAUUCCAGGGAAAACCGCCCUGGCCUAUUCAGCCACUCCCUAUAGAUCAAAACCUCCAACCAUGGCAACGUUUAAAAGGAGAAUGAGAAUAAAGCAGCUAUCUUUUGGAUGCGAUGCUAGACUGAAACCCUGACUUGCCUCUCUCAAGUGAAUAUAAAAGAUCCACUGGCACUACCAAAAAAGAGCCGCAACGUCCUAGCUUGUGUUUAUUCCUCAACCAACAUUUUACUGAAACCGAUUAUCUGGUCAAUCCUACAUUGCUAUGUGCGAAGUUUUGCUGUGUACAAAUUGCCUGCUCCAUUUUUGACAUUGUAACACUGACUGCACCCAAAAAUACUUCAGCCAAAGCAUUUGUUUAUUGAGGUCGUGAAAUGCAAGUUUGUUCAUUCAUUCUUUCCUUUCUUGAAAUUUUCAGAAUACGCAAAUUGUUAACACUUAUUAAGAGUGAGCCUGAGAGAGGCUGAAUUCAUUCUCAAGCUGAUUGUUCAUAGACUAUUACAACAUAGAAGGAUGCCAUUCAGUCCACUGUGCGUGUGGUGGUUCUUUGAAAGACCUAUUCAGUUAGUACUAAUGCCUCUCUCUUUCCCACCGCUACCACCCCCCAACAUCCCUCCGCCCCCUUGCAAAUUUUCCGUUUUGCAAGUAUGUACACAAUUCCCUUUGGAAUGUCCUUCUCUACUCUUGGAGGUAGUGUGUUCCAGAUUGUAAUUUGUCAUGUUUAAAUUUAAAAAUUAUUAUCCUCCCUCAUCUUUUUUUUUGCACUAUUAUCUUUAAAUCUGUAUCCUCUGGUGACUGACCAUUCAGUUGUGCAAUGGGGAUUCAGAUCACGCUAGUCAAUCCAAGUGAGAUAUGUAUAGACACCUCUGUGACUGCUCAAAGCCACUGUUAUGCUAAAGAGUUAAUGAAUUGAUAGCUUGUUUGUCAAAUUAAAAUAAAAUUGUUAUUUUUCUCUUUGUAUUGCUGUGCAGCUUCUGAUUAUGAAAAGAAUGUGGUACGCAAUAAAAAUCUAGCUCCAUUUAAGAGGCACAGUGAAUUUUUUUUAAAAUCCUGUAAUCAUAGAAUCCUUACAGUGUGGGUGUAGGCCAUUUGGCCCAUUGAGUCCAUACCAACUCUCUGAAGAGUGUUCUAACCCCCUACCCUAUCCCUGCAUUUCCCAUGGCAAUUUAGAAUGGCCAAUCUACCUAACCUGCACAUCU